GAGAGGGAGGAGGGGAAGGAGGGGCGCGCGGAGGGAUGGGGGGACAGGGCGGCCGGGCUGGCGCCCCACUGACCCUCCUCCUCCUCCCCCUCAGGGCCAUGGAGCUGCUGCCCAGCGCGUUGCUCCUCCUGCUGCUGACGGGAGGAGCGUGGGGCGAGGGGGCCGCUGGCGGCCCGUGCCCCGAGGGGCAGACGGCGGUGGGGGACGCGGCGGAGCCCACGUGUGUCCCCGCGUCCCCGGCGGGCGGGCGGGAGGCGAAGGACGAGGACAGGAUCAUCGGGGGUUAUCCCUGCAACACCUACUCCCAGCCCUGGCAGGUCUUCAUCCACGGCCCCCUGCUCUGCGGGGGGGUCCUGCUGCGGGAUAACUGGGUGCUGUCUGCCGCCCACUGCAACAGCAGGGGCCUGAUCCUGCGCCUGGGGGAGAACGACCUGCAGAAGAGGGAGGGGUCGGAGCAGGAGCGGGGCGUGGCCAGGGCGGUGCCCCACCCCGCCUUCAACCCCGUCACGCUGGACAACGACCUCAUGCUGCUGCGCCUCGACCGGCCGGCGGUGCGGGGGAGGGGCGUGCAGCCCCUCCCCCUGCCCCGCACCUGCGCCCCGCCCGGCUCCACCUGCCUCGUCUCGGGCUGGGGCACCAUCACCACCCCCCAAGUGACCAUGCCCCGGCACCUGAUCUGCGCCUACGUGGACAUCGUCCCGGCGGCCGCCUGCCGCGAGGCCUACCCCCGCCGCAUCACCCCCAACAUGCUCUGCGCCGGCGUGCGCAACAAGCGCGUCGACUCCUGCCAGGGCGACUCCGGGGGGCCGCUCUCCUGUAACGGGACCCUGCAAGGCAUCGUGUCGUGGGGGCUGCAGACCUGCGCCCUGCCCGGCCACCCGGGCGUCUACACGCGCGUCUGCAACUACCUGCGCUGGAUCGAGGAGACCAUGAACAGCUACUAGGGC